AUGCUGAAUGACCCCACUAUGUUGCAACAAAUGUCAAGCAAUCCUAUGCUUUUAAACCGAGUUGUUGGUGCACAGAGUGGAGGUUUAAGAGCGGCACUUUUAGCGAAAAUGGCAGGCUAUGGUGGAGCUGCAGACGGAACAGCAUAUAACCCUCAAAGUCAAAUGAAUUUGAGUUCACUCAAAAAUCAAAUAACAGAUGUCAAAAAGUCAAACAUAGACAUACAGAAGCAAAUAAGUGAAAACGAAAAGAAACUAGAAUAUGACAGACACACAAAGAAACUCAAUGAGUUAAACGUAGAGAAAAAGAAGAAAGAAGAACAACUGAAAGAACUAAGUACAGAGGAAUAUGCAAAAAAAGUGUCAGAAAAAGCAACAGAAGUAGCAAAAAUGGAACAAGAUAUCAUAAAUUUGAAAAACCAUACUACUCAAUAUAAAAUACUGAAAGAUGAAGAGAUAAAACAAAAAGCCCUGAAGACAUAUAUGGAUAGCGAUGAGUAUAAAAAAGAAGUUGAAGCAAAUGUAAAGGCAGAAAAACUUUUACAGUUGCAAAACCAAACCGUACAGUAUGAAAACUUAGCACAAGAAAGUAAAAAUAACGACGCAGCCAUGCAAAAGGCAAUGAAAAGCGCGGAAUAUAUAAAAGCUAACAAUGACUGGUUAGAUGCCCAAGCCAACGCUAAAGCAGCCCAACUCAUAGGGUCAAUAAGGACAAAAAUACAAGCGGAUGAAGACAGUUCAAAUGAAGCUUUAACAAAUGCUGACUUUAAGAACGCCUUCGAAGCUCUUCAUAGUAAGGUGAAACAAGUGAACGACUUCUCAUCUGGAAAGAAACUGAAGUCUGAAGGUUUCGACAAAGAGUUAAAAGAAGUAGCACAAAAUAUGACGAAAAUAACAGAUGCAGCAACGAGACAGGCAGUUCAAAGUGCCUAUGACGCCGUUAGAGCAACUGUUGUGAAAAGUCAAGAAAAAGAGUUACAACAGACCAAAACAGACCUAGUAAAUGCUUUCUUAAAAACGAAAAGUCAGGUAGGACAUUACGCUGCAGAUGGAACAUAUGUGCCAGCUGGUGGAACUUAUAUACCACCAAACCCUCCAAGAGAAGCACCUGCACCAGGACUACCUAAAACAUUUACAUCGUCACAUGGACAUAGACACAGGCAUGCACCAAAACCACACAACAACCAACA